CAGACACAACAGAAACACUGUCCAUCAAAAUGUCGCUCAAAGGAUCAAAUGUGCUUAUUACCGGGGCGUCUAUGGGAAUCGGCGAAGCCAUUGCCCAUGCAGUUGCAAGAGAAGGCGCAAAUUUGAUUCUUUUCUCUAGAUCAGAGAAUAAGCUACAAGCCAUUACAGCGACCCUUCACGAGCAAUACCCCGCACUUAAAGUGAUCUAUAAACCAGUCGACAUCCAAAGCUACGAGGCAGUUGAACAGGCAGUCAAUGCCAGUGUCGAACAACUUGGUCAAAUUGAUAUCCUCAUCAACAAUGCCGGUCUCGCUCUCGGUGCACCCGCCACCUUUCCCGACCUCAAAGUCUCCGAUAUUGUCACCAUGAACAGCACCAACAUCAAUGGGCUCAUGUUCACCACGUACGCUGUGCUCAAUGCAUCCAUGAAGCCCCGCAAGGCAGGUACCAUCCUCAACAUCACCUCCGUCACGGGGCUGGAGGUACCCCCGUUUCCCGGGGAGGCUGUCUACCACUGCAACAAGGCAGCCCAGGAAGCCUUCUCCAAUGCACUCAGGAACGAGCUAAGCGAAACGAAUAUUCGCGUCUUGGUGUUGCGGCCGGGGUGUGUUGCUACCAAUUUUCAUUCGUUGCGUGUGGGCCAUGAUAAGGAGAAAUAUGAUCGCUUUUUUGAGGGAUAUCAACCCCUCGAGUCGGAGGAUAUCGCGCGUACUGCUGUAUUCAUGCUUCAGCAGCCUUUGAAUGUGUCGAUCAAGGCUUUGGAUGUUGUUCCUUCUGCCCAAAGAAGUUUGAAUGUCUUUGACCGGACGUGGAGUGAGAGGAAUGCUUGAGCAGACCUUGAAAUCUAUUUCGAGUCAGGUCAACGCACGUUGGUUCCCAGCAGAGCCCUUCGAAGGAAGCCUUAAUUUGGCAACACUUGCACAUCGUCGACAAUAGCGUUCAGAUACACGCUACGUGGGAAAUAUGAUUUUUGGCAAUGGCGACACUUCAGCCGAGUUUGAAAUAGUAUAUCUCGUCAGCGUCUACAGAAAAAGGAUACAGAUCUUUGAUGACCAAAUGCUCGCUGCCUGAUGGCUUCCCAUACAUAUUUCUUUUACCGCCGACCUCGCUGUCCACGAAAGCACCCUAGGAAGCCCAGUACAGCGCGUAGUGCGAUUAGGGCCACUAGAUUGAAACAAACAAGGCAUGCCCAGCCAACGAAAUACGCAAGGCUUUUCCCUCCGUCCGGAGACUCCGCCGGGACAGAUGGAAGCGAGGUGCGCCAGGCGGGCCUGGCGCCGCUGCGGGCCGAUGCCACGGACGUGAG